UCACCAACAUAAAUCCACAUUUUCAAAGUCCACGAAUCGUCCAUUUUAAACCCUAAAAUCCCAGGAAGCAUCCUUAUUUUGUUGAAGCGUUUUCCAUCUCCCAAGUUGAGAGAUUUGUAUAGCAGCUUCUCCUCUCAACCUCCACGCCAAACAUGCCUUCACAUAAGACUUUCAGAAUCAAGAAGAAGCUGGCCAAGAAGAUGAGGCAGAACAGGCCUAUCCCUUAUUGGAUCCGCAUGCGCACCGAUAACACCAUCAGGUACAAUGCGAAGCGUAGGCACUGGCGCCGUACCAAGCUAGGGUUCUAAGCUUUAUGUGCUUUAUUUGUAGUUUUGUACUCAAGCAAAGCUUUGUUUUUUUGUUUAUUUCAUGACAUUUUGAUGUGGCCUUGAACGUUUUUAUGUGAUGGUUGUUGACGAUAUUUAGCCAUUGUUUCGACUGUUGUCUAUCUAAUGUCUUGAUUUCGAGCUUUGAAUUUUUAUGAAACUGAAUCAUUAUGUUCUUUGGAAUUAAUGAAAACUGUUAUUAUUCAGUAA